UAGAUUUUCCGGAGCGGAAAUGUGAUUACACAUUUUCUUAUGGGCCUGGCCGCUGUCACGCUUCUCUCUGCUAUUACAAUUUCUUUCAUAGACCACUCUCAGAAAAUUCACUGCCAAACUGUCAAUACUGAAAAUAUAUAAUUUAUCUGUCACAUAAACUGUACAUUUUCAGUACUGACAGUAAAUAACGGAAUGCAACUUUUAUCAGCUUUCAGAGGUACCUUCAUACCAUAUGUUACACUUUCUGCACUAAACACAAAAUAGCUACACAAUUUUGAUUUGAAAGAGAAAGAAAAAAACUUAAGAGUGUAGAAAGAGCAUUUAUCGACAGCAGAUCUCACUUUUCUUUGCUUCAUGAUUCAAACGACUUUAAAGUUUGAAUUCAACACGCAAUACAGAGUGUGUAUUGUGUUUCUUUUCGAGACGAUUGACGUGUAUUGACAUGUAAAAAAGAAGACCAAAGGAGACACACAGUGACAUAAAGAGCGAAGUUUCACAUAAAGGAAUAGAAGUAAAAUUUCAAACAUUUGAAAUCUAUUGUGUCUAAUGCACGAGUGAUUGUUUCGUGUUGUCUUGUAAAUUGUCACAGUACUUUGUCAAUCGAAACAAAAAAAAUGAAUGAAGAGAACGUGUUACAUGUGGAAAUAUGUCAACAUGCCAACAGCACUUUGGCAAAUUCAUUGAUUCAAGUGGCAGUGGAUGCAGAGUUAAAAUUAUUGGGAAAAAUAUCUUUGGACAUCAUACAGCAUGGCAAAGAUUUUGUGAGUCCAGUGGUACAGGAGCAUGUUGAAUCCAUCAUAUGUUCAUCUGAUUAUUCAGAGAGAGGAAACUUUAAAGUUGAAGGAUCCACUAUCAAAUAUUACAUCUAUAGAUUGACAGAAGAAGGUGCUGCUACAGAAACAAUACAAAGUGAUUCUGAUGAAUUAUCAGUUGCUUCUCACUGGCUGUUACCUGCACAAGAAUUUCACUACAUGUGGGAAAAUUUGUAUUAUGAUUGUGAUAUAAAGAAUAACUUAUUGCGUUUUGUGGAAACAACAAUGUUAUUUUCUGAUCUUGCUGUUAAUUCUAACAUUAUAAGCUGGAAUAAAGUCAUAUUGUUGCAUGGUCCCCCAGGUACAGGCAAGACUAGUAUGUGUAAAGCAUUAGCUCAGAAAGCCUGUAUUCGUAUGGGAGAUCGUUUUACUCACGGAGAAUUCAUUGAGAUCAACAGUCAUAGUUUAUUUUCAAAAUGGUUUUCUGAGAGUGGAAAACUCGUGAUGAAGCUCUUCGACGAAAUAAGGAGCAUGGUUCAAAAUGAAAAAGCAUUGAUUUGCAUUCUGAUUGACGAAGUAGAGUCGUUAGCACACGCGCGUAAAUUGUGCAGCAACGGGGCCGAACCGUCUGAUUCUAUCCGCGUUGUGAACGCAUUGCUCACGCAAUUGGAUCAAAUUAAGCGAUAUCCGAACGUUUUGAUCUUGACUACAAGCAACAUGACGGAAGCCAUAGACCUUGCGUUUGUUGAUCGGGCAGACAUAAAGCAGUAUCUCGGAUACCCGUCCGAAGUUGCUAUUUAUAAUAUUUAUUAUUCGUGUCUAAAAGAAUUAAUGAGAGCUGGAAUUCUAGAGCAUGAACACGUAUACGACCUAUCGCAGUUGAAGCUGGUUGGUUACACAGAAGAUAUAAACACCAAAAACAGUUUAAAACUAUUAGAACUCAGUCGUGAGAGUGAAGGUCUGACUGGUCGUACCUUAAGAAAAAUACCAUUUCUAGCACAUGCUCUUCACUUGUCCAGUCACAGGACCACAUUGUGUAAAUUUUUGAAAGCCAUGCAUACUGCUAUUUUGAAACAGGAUCAACAGGACGGUGAAUUGCUAAAAUCGUAGGAAGUUUCUCUGAGGUCCAGUUUUGUGCCGAUCCCACCUCAUCGCGCAACCGCCAUUAAAAUCACUGAGAUGCAACCGCUAUUAUAGUCACGCUUCGUUCCGCACCGACGAUGCGGACUGUAUUUCGCGCGCGCUGGUACGCUAGUACUUCUUCAUACAAUAUCUAUUGUACUUUUAUUUCAAAUAGACAAAGUGCUACUGUGUGUGUGUGUGUGUGUGUGGUUUUUAUGUAUAUAUAUA